GGCGGGGGGCUGCGAGGCGAGUCCGACGGAGCGGCGGCCCCGCAGGCUUGGGGCGCGCAGUCCCUGCGCCGCCGCCCCCUCACUGCAGGUGGCCGUGGACGCGCGGGGUCCAGGCGGCGCGGGGCGCGAGAGAGCCCGGCCGAGGGAUGGGCUGCGCCCCCAGCAUCCACGUCUCGCAGAGCGGCGUGAUCUACUGCCGGGACUCGGACGAGUCCAACUCGCCUCGCCAGACCUCCGGCGUGUCGCAGGGCCCCGCGGCGCCCCUGCACGGCCUCUUCGUGCAGACCGACGCCGCCGACGCCGUCCCCGCGGGCCGCGCGCUGGGACCCCCUGGAGCCGUCCGCGUCCGCAGGGCCCGCGCCGAGCUGGGCAGUGGCAGCAGUGCGGGAUCCGCAGCACCCGCCGGGACCACCUGCCGCGGCCGGAGGAGCCACUGCUGCGCCAGCGCGGAGGCCGAGACCCAGACCAGCUACGCCAGCGUGCAGCAGGUAUCUUCUGCAGAGGUGCGCAUUGGGCCCAUGAGACUGAUACAGGACCCUAUUCAGGUAUUGCUGAUCUUUGCAAAGGAAGAUAGUCAGAGUGAUGGCUUCUGGUGGGCCUGCGACAGAGCUGGCUACAGAUGCAACAUUGCUCGGACUCCAGAAUCAGCCCUCGAGUGCUUUCUAGAUAAGCAUCAUGAAAUUAUUGUGAUCGAUCACAGACAGACUCGAAACUUCAAUGCAGAAGCAGUGUGCAGGUCAAUCCGGGCCACAAACCCCUCAGAGCACACAGUGAUCCUCGCAGUGGUGUCACCAGCAUCUGAAGACCAUGAAGAGGCCUCCGUCCUUCCUCUUCUCCAUGCAGGCUUCAACCGGAGAUUUAUGGAGAAUAGCAGCAUAAUUGCUUGCUAUAAUGAGCUUAUUCAAAUAGAACAUGGGGAGGUUCGCUCACAGUUCAAAUUACGGUAUGUAGCAAAGGCCUGUAAUUCAGUGUUUACAGCAUUAGACCACUGUCAUGAAGCCAUAGAAAUAACAAGUGAUGACCACGUGAUUCAGUAUGUCAACCCAGCCUUCGAGAGGAUGAUGGGCUACCACAAAGGGGAGCUCCUGGGGAAAGAACUCGCUGAGCUGCCCAAGAGUGACAAGAACCGGGCAGACCUUCUUGACACCAUCAAUACGUGCAUCAAGAAGGGAAAGGAGUGGCAGGGAGUUUACUAUGCCCGACGAAAGUCUGGGGACAGCAUCCAGCAGCACGUGAAGAUCACCCCAGUGAUUGGCCAAGGAGGGAAAAUUAGGCAUUUUGUGUCACUCAAGAAGCUGUGUUGUACCACUGACCAUAACAAGCAGAUGCACAAGAUUCAUCGUGAUUCCGGAGACAGUUCUCAGACAGAGCUCCAUUCCAUCCGACACAAGAACAGGAGAAAAGAGUCCAUCGAUGUGAAGUCCAUAUCGUCAAGAAGUAGUGAUGCCCCUAGCCUGCAGAACCGUCGCUACCCAUCCAUGGCGAGGAUCCACUCCAUGACCAUCGAGGCGCCCAUCACGAAGGUCAUAAAUAUAAUCAAUGCAGCCCAGGAAAAUAGCCCAGUCACAGUGGCAGAAGCCUUGGACAGAGUUCUGGAGAUUUUACGGACCACGGAACUCUACUCUCCUCAGCUGGGAGCCAAAGAUGAAGACCCGCACACCAGUGACCUGGUUGGAGGCCUAAUGACUGAUGGUUUGAGAAGAUUGUCAGGAAACGAGUAUGUAUUCACGAAGAAUGUGCACCAGAGUCACGGUCACCUCUCGAUGCCUGUCACCAUCAAUGAUGUCCCCCCAUGUAUCACCCAGCUGCUUGAUAAUGAGGAAAGCUGGGACUUCAACAUCUUCGAGUUGGAAGCAGUCACACAUAAAAGGCCACUGGUUUACUUGGGCUUAAAGGUCUUCUCCCGGUUUGGAGUAUGUGAAUUUUUAAACUGCUCUGAAGCUACUCUUCGGGCCUGGCUCCAAGUGAUGGAAGCCAACUACCACUCCUCCAAUGCCUACCACAACUCUACCCAUGCUGCCGAUGUGCUGCACGCCACAGCUUUCUUUCUUGGAAAGGAAAGAGUCAAGGGAAGCCUCGAUCAGCUGGAUGAGGUGGCAGCACUGAUUGCCGCCACAGUCCACGAUGUGGAUCACCCUGGCAGGACCAACUCUUUUCUGUGCAACGCUGGCAGCGAGCUCGCUGUGCUCUACAAUGACACGGCGGUACUAGAGAGUCACCACACGGCCCUGGCCUUCCAGCUCACUGUCAAGGAUGCUAAAUGUAACAUCUUUAAGAACAUCGACAGGAACCAUUAUCGAACACUACGACAAGCUAUUAUUGACAUGGUCUUGGCCACUGAGAUGACAAAACACUUCGAACAUGUGAACAAAUUUGUGAACAGCGUCAACAAGCCAAUGGCAGCUGAGAUGGAGGGCGCCGACUGUGAGUGUGGCCCGGCGGGGAAGGGCUUCCCGGAAAACCAGAUCCUCAUCAAGCGCAUGAUGAUCAAGUGUGCAGACGUUGCCAACCCCUGUCGCCCCCUGGACCUGUGCAUCGAGUGGGCCGGGAGGAUUUCCGAAGAGUACUUUGCACAGACAGACGAGGAGAAGAGACAGGGGCUGCCCGUGGUGAUGCCUGUGUUUGACCGCAACACCUGCAGCAUCCCCAAGUCCCAGAUCUCCUUCAUCGACUACUUCAUCACGGACAUGUUCGAUGCUUGGGACGCCUUUGCACACCUGCCAGCCCUCAUGCAGCACCUGGCUGAUAACUACAAACACUGGAAGACAUUAGAUGACCUGAAGUGCAAAAGUCUAAGGCUGCCAUCGGACAGCUAAGCCAGCCGAGAGCAGCGACCGCUCCUCCAAGGGCACCGUGAAUCCCAGCAGCGUCUGCGGACGCUGUCCUCUGUAACGCAUGAGGUUAAGGAGCUGAUUGAUGACUGAUAUUUGACCUUGAAUCAUUCAAGUCCUCAAAUUUCAGUUGUAGCAAGUUAAGUACCAUGAAGAAAAAUACACAUUCUUUUGAACACUUAGUAGCAGAACAAACACUUGGCAAAUCUUCUAUCGUGCCAUCUUCCUGCGUAUGUCAUAUCAUGGAGCUGAGUUGCUGUAACUAGCAGCACACGGGAUUACCUGGUGGCAGUGAGGCUAUCCCCACAAGCUUAGCUAGCGUUUGGUUCAUCUCUUAGCAUAAAAGUCACCACUACUGUUUAGCUUGACUGUUCUCAAGAGCAUCAGUCUGAAGGAUUCAUGACAAGCUUAUCUAAACAGCUAUACCUAACAAAAAAGUUACAUAAAAUGAGCAAAACACGUAGGACCAAAUUAUUGAUAAACUAGUGAGGUGAUCUUCUGUUUGGUGGUGUGAUACCCCAGUUGGAGGGCAGCCUUGGCCUGGUGAGCGCCCCCUCCUGGGGGCCAGCAGCCUGUGUGGCCCUCUCUGGUGUAAAUUGAAGUCACUCGUGAAAGGGGCAGGGGAGCCCACGUAAUCCCCUCACUUCUGGCUUAUCGAGGCAGCCAUGAGGCACUAUGCCUUGUGUUAUACAAAAGCCAUCAAAUCUGAAUGCCCUUGGACAAGCAUUUUUUUAAAGAGAAAUUUAUAUACAUUUGCUGUUAACAAUUUUUAUUAAAACAAUCUAAAUUUCCUGGGUCUAAGCCCAUGGAGUUUGUUGUACCAUGCGCCACCUAUACACAUAUAUUUGGGGAAGGGAUGGGGAACUUUCAAGAUUUGGAUGUUUUUAACUUGCCUAUCUAUACUUGAGAUCAUGCCAUCUGUUGCAGUGACAUAUAAAAAGGAUUGCAGGAUGUAUAGCUAUAUCAGAAAACAGACUAUGGAGAGGGAGUAAAUACUCUUUUAAGCUAUUACUUGUAUGCUAAAAGCUUCUAAAGCACAAGUGCAUAUUUUUAUACAGCUCUUUUCACAACUUUCAGUGCUCUACGUCAAUACUUAGAAUUCCCCUUACUACUUCUCUGUGUAUUGUGAAUAUUAGAAACUUAGUAAACAAAAUAUCAUAGUUUAUCUUUCUCUGUACUCCAUGCUGCAUUUCUAAGGGAUAUACAAGAAACAUAAUCACCAGUAACUGAAUCAGUAGUUAUUUAAUAACUGAAUCAGUAGUUAUUUUUCCAAGUGAAAAUCAGAAUGCAGAACCCAUGAAACUGGUACAUGGAAAGAAAAAAUAUGACUUAUCACUACAUAAUGUGCCAAUGUUUUUUUCUAUGUUUUGUACCAAAAAUGGAAACAUAUAUGACAAUUCCAUGCAAAGAAAUGUAUCUAAAUUAUUUUUGUUAGAUAAGAGAACCUGCUUGGUGGACAGCAGCCAGCUCUGUGUUGUAACGCUCCCUAUGUAAAUGUGAUGAAGUGUUUUUGUGAAGUACCUGUAACUAAAUUCCUACAGCCAUUUUUCAUCCCCAACAGCUGUUUUUAUUUUACCUCUUUGGCCUAAAUUUUUCAUAAUUUCAAA